AUGAGCGCCACUGGUGAUUUUGGGCCGGCGCCUGCUGAUGUUGAUCUUCGUGAGAAUCAACAAGUUCAGAUGCUCGGUGCUGUUAUAUCCCUCAUGGUCAUUGGGACGCUGGCGGUCAUUUUGCGCAUAUACACGCGCGCGAAGAGUUCACAAACAAAUUUCGGUCUUGAUGAUUAUCUCAUUUUCGCAUCGUUGUGCUUCGCCUAUGGCACCGCAAUAUGUGUGAUCAUCAGCACAAAAUAUAAAAAUGGGUGGCAUCAACAGACACUCAUAGACUCUGAAUUUGUUUCAUUGUGGAAACUUCUGUUCGCCCAUGUUUUUCUAUAUUCGACAACCGUGACUCUGACCAAGUCUUCGAUCAUCAUGUUCUAUCGUCGAAUAUUUAACCUUCGCUGGUCAUUGUAUUUUGCAAUGUCCAUUAUUUUGGGAUACUUUGUGGCUGUCAUCGCGACCAUCUCAGUUGCAUGUCGUCCAUUAUCCCACUUCUGGCUGCAGUACACUGAUCCUAGCGCCCAAGGAACAUGUAUCAACACUUCUGAUUUCUUUUUGAUCAAUGGGAUCAUCUCUGUCUUGAUCGAUGUUAUGAUCUUAUGUGUUCCUGCUCCGAUCAUUUGGAGACUACAGAUGCCGAGAACGCAACGACUCGCUGUCAUAAGCAUAUUGUUGCUCGGUGGCUUCGUCUGCGUCGCCGGUAUAAUUCGGGUUGUGUUUCUAGAUAAGAAUACCCAUUCUCUGGAUCCAUCCUGGACCAUUGCCCCUGUGUUUGUGUGGUCCUGUGUUGAACCCUUUAUCGGGAUUAUCUGUGCAUGCCUGCCCACAUUCUCACCGUUGUUCCGCCGCUGGUGGGCGAUAAUGGGUGUCAAACGGUCGGGGUCGAAGAAAAAGCAGGACUACUAUGGCACAGGAGGCUCCAGGAUCAAUCGCUCAAGGCAUCAAACGAGCGACGACAACGACCAAGAUGACCAUCAUGAUAAUCACGGCGAUGAAGUGCAGCUGACUAGCUUCCCCGGAUGGCCAUUACAUUUCUUGCGUGGAAAACACAGCAGUGACCCCAUGGCGUCGAAUUCUAACAUUCAAGUCAAAGAAGAGAUCACCAUAUCUUGGAAUUGA